CCCACCCCAUUUUUUCUUUUUCCUGUUAGCUUCUGCCUCCACCCUCACCUUUUUGUUUUCUUGUUUUCCCUACAGGCUUCUUCUUCUUCCCCAAGAAAAAACAAAAAGAUUUGUUUUUCUUGAUUUAAUUAUCGUCUGUAAAUGCAAAUACAAAUCAUUGUUUGCACCGCGUGAGAACAAUUACUAAUUCUUCUAAAAGCGUUCACACUAAUUUCCCUAUCCCUAUUCCCAUCAACUUUCCUCUUUAUAAUACCAAAAGAGGGGCAAAUCAUUCAAGCCCAAUUUCUUCAUAAUUACCCAAUUACCUUAUAGGAGCAAAGGCAGAAGGAGGAUAGGGUGAAAGAAAGUGUGGGAAUAUUUUACUUAGAGAAGCAGUUUGCAUUUUAUGGCGCAUAUCAUAGCAACCCAGUGAAUAUCUUGAUUCACAUGGUGUUUGUAUGGCCAAUCUUUUUCACCGGUCUUAUUCUUUUCGAUUUUACGCCCCCACUUUUCAAUUUACCUCCGAUUCAGCUAUGUGAACACUGUUCCUUGGUCCCUAACUCCACUUAUCCACUAACGCCGCCGUAAUCUCUGUCAUCAAUGGCGGACAAGAAGAAACGCCAGUGAGCAGCUCACGACUCCGAUUCCGAUUCCGACGCCCUCCCUUUCAAAUCCAAGCUAAAACCCGGUUCCGUCAUCCUCAAAACCCUAAAAACCUCAAGGCCUCCUCCAUCGCCUCCAGUUCCAAAACCCUAACUCUCGCCGAUAUGUUAGCCUCUCCACCAUCCGUCGUGAAGUGACCGACCUCCCAAUCGACGAGCUGAGAGUAGUGGGUGGCAUUUGCAGAGAAGAGAAAGAAAGGAAAUGGGAAAACCAAAGGCAGUGAUAGUUGGAGGAAGCAUAGGAGGUAUAUGCAGUGCACAUGCUCUCAUCAGAGCAGGUUGGCAAGUGGUGGUUCUUGAGAAAACUCCAGCACCUCCAACUGGUAGCCCCACUGGUGCUGGUCUUGGACUUGACCCUUUCUCUCAGCAAAUCAUUCAAUCUUGGCUUCAACAACCCCACCUCCUUCAACAAACCACCUUGCCUCUUACAGUUGAUCAAAACCAGGCAACAGAUGGAGAAACAAAAGUGAGCCGGACGUUGGCAAGGGAUGAACAUUUCAAUUUCAGAGCAGCUUAUUGGGCUGAUCUCUAUAGCCUUUUGUAUGGUGCACUACCACUAGAUAUUGUUUUCUGGGGUUAUUUGUUUCUUUCUUUUUCCAUGUAUGAUGAUAAAUCAAAAGUGAGAGUCGAAACUAAAGUUCUUAAAACGGGCAUUACAAUUGACAUUAUUGCUGAUUUGCUUAUUGCUGCUGAUGGUUGUCUGUCUUCAAUCAGACAAAGUUUCCUUCCCGACCUUAAACUGAGAUAUUCAGGUUACUGUGCAUGGAGAGGGGUUCUUGAUUUUUCCGAUAAGAAACACUCAGAAGCCAUUAUUAGUCUUAAGAAAUUGUAUCCAGAUCUUGGGAAAUGCCUGUACUUUGACCUGAGCUCUGGAACUCAUAGUGUAUUUUAUGAGCUAUUGAACCAGAGGUUCAAUUGGAUAUGGUACAUUAAUCAGCCCGAACCAAGCCUCAAGGGGAAUUCUGUGACCAUGAAGGUUAACGAGAACUUGAUUCAGAACAUGCAUGAAGAAGCUGAGAAGACUUGGGUUCCUGAAUUGGUUAGGGUAAUUAAAGAAAUUAAGGAGCCUUUUCUAAAUGUGAUAUAUGAUUGUGAUCCUUUAGAGCAAAUUUUCUGGGACAAAGUAGUGUUGAUUGGAGAUGCAGCUCAUCCUACUACUCCUCAUGGUUUGAGAAGUACAAACAUGUCGAUAUUGGAUGCAGCUGUUUUAGGCAAAUGCUUAGAGAAGUGGGGAGUGGAAAACCUGAACUCUGCCCUCGAAGAGUAUCAGUCCAUUCGGCUGCCAGUUGCCUCAAAGCAGGUUCUGCAUUCAAGGAGAUUAGGUCGCAUUAAACAAGGUUUAUCACUUUCAGACCGCCCGUCUUUUGAUCCAAAAACUGCAAGUUCAGAAGAUUGUGAAGAGCUUCAGCAGAAAAACAUGCCUUAUUUCUAUGAUAUUCCCUCCAUAUUGAAGUAAUAUCACUAGUUUUUUUAACUGGCCUGGUGACUAAAGCAUUGUUGGCUGCAUGAUUGAGCCUCGAGCAUUCUGUAUAUUCUCCCAUGUUGCCUGUGAUUGUGUGUUUUCCGAUUCACCCAAUGUAUAGCUGCAGAGUUAUUGUUUAAUCUGUUUAGAAUUUACGACCUCAUGAAUGUAGUGAACUGCAAAUAAAGCUGAUACUUGACAGCAAAUAUAAUUUUCUAUCAUUGCCUAUA